CUUCCUCGGCGCUCGCUCGGCUCCAUUUUACACAAAGAUCCCCCACAAGUGGAGACAAGAUGGCGUCCAGCGCUCUGAUCAAAGUGAAGAUCCAGAGGAGCAUACCGGCCAAAGGCGAUGAAGGAUCCGUCGAGGGUUCAGCGGGCAGCAACGGGGCUGUGGAGGAGAGCAAGGAGUCAAGUGAUUCAGGACAGCAGAAUGAUAAGCGCAAGGAGAAGACCGUAAAGAAAACAAGUCGCUUUGAACCCUAUAAUCCACAGAAACGGUAUAGAGCAUUCAUCUCCAAUAUUCCCUUUGAUGUCAAGUGGCAGUCGCUGAAAGAUCUAGUAAAGGAAAAAGUUGGUGAGGUAACAUACGUGGAGCUCUUAAUGGACGAUGAAGGAAAGUCAAGGGGAUGUGCUUCUGUGGAGUUUAAACAGGAGGACAGCAUGAAGAAAGCUGUACAAGUUCUUAACAAGCAUGUUCUCAAUGGAAGACCAUUAAAAGUCAAGGAAGAUCCUCAUGGAGAGCGUUUAAGAAGAGCUGCACAAAGCAUUGUCUCUCAGGGCUCAAUAGGCAUGAGUGGUCAAGGUCCAAUGGGCAUGGGUGGUCCAGGGCCCAUGGGUAUGGGAGGUCCAGGGCCCAUGGGAAUGCCUGGACCAAUGGGUAUGGGCGGUCCCGGACCGUUAGGAAUGGGUCCUGGUCCAGCUGGUGGCAACAUGAAUAUCCCAGCCAGCAUUCUCAACAACCCUAACAUUCCUGUUGAUGUGAUCCACGCCUUGCAGUCAGGAAGGCUUGGGAGCACAGUCUUUGUUGCAAAUCUUGAUUACAGCGUGGGAUGGAAGAAGCUGAAGGAAGUAUUUGGCAUUGCUGGAACUGUGAUGCGAGCCGAUAUAUUGGAAGAUAAGGACGGAAAGAGCAGAGGGAUUGGCACAGUUACCUACGAACAGGCAAUUGAGGCAGUCCAGGCAAUCUCUAUGUUCAAUGGCCAGCUGUUAUUUGACAGACCUAUGAUGGUGAAAAUGGAUGAUAAAGCCAUGCCAAAAGGAGACAUGUUCCCUGCUGAUCGCCCUCCACAACUUCCACGUGGUCUUGGAGGCAUUGGGAUGGGUCUAGGUCCUGGUGGCAUACCGUUGGAUGCCAACAAUUUAAGAGGUUCAGGUGGAGGUCCUGGUGGUUUGGGCAUGGAUUCCAUGAGCUAUGGAAUGAACAAAAUAGGUCUUGAAGGACCUCCUAUUGGUGGAAAUGGCGGUCUGAACAGAUAUGGAUCAGGAAUGGGACUUGGCAGAAUGAAUCCUGACAUUGACCGUGGAUUGACAGCUGGCUUUGACAGAAAUGAACUGAGUUCCUUAUCCAGAGGUUACAGUGACCCUAUUGAUAGAGGGUUAGGUUCUGGAGCAAGCAGUCUUGGUUCCACCAUUGAACGACUGAGCUCAGCCAUGGGGAGAGGGGGUGUAGACAGAGUAGGAUCAGACAUUGACCGAAUGGGGCUUGUCAUGGAUCGCAUGGGUCCUAGUUCAGAUAGGAUUGGCUCUGGUAUUGGUUCUUUAGGAAUGGAUAUAUCCACCAGCAUUGAUAGAAUUGUAGCUUCUAGUUUAGACCGCAUGAGUACUGGUAUUGGCUAUGGUGUGGACAGAAUGGGCUCUAAUAUGGAUAGAGUUGGCUCAAGCAUAGACAGAAUGGGGUCCAAUUUGGAUCGUAUUGGCUCUGGUAUAGAUAGAGUUGGUGUUGGAAUGGACCGUUUGGGUUCCUCAUCACUGGAUAGAAUGGGUUCAGGACUAGAUCGUAUGGGGCCUGUUAUGGACCGAUUACCACCAGUUGACCGCUUAAGUGCUAAUUCUUUGGGCAGGGUUGGGUUAGAUCGCAUUGGCUCAAGCUCUUUGGACAGAAUGGGUGCAGGUCUGGGGAUUGGUUCUAGCAUGGGAUUAGGGAUGGGUUCAAAUUUUGACAGGCCUAUGGACAUGGACCACAACAAGUUUGGAAGCAACUUUGGAGGAUCCUUUGGAGGAACUGGCAAUUCUCGUCCAGGUGCAAUGCCCCGGAAGGGAUGUCAAAUCUUUGUUCGAAAUUUGUCUUUUGACUGCACAUGGAAAAUGUUGAAAGACAAGUUCAACGAUUGUGGCCAUGUUGUGUAUGCUGAUAUAAAGAUGGAAAAUGGGAAAUCCAAAGGCUGUGGUGUGGUGAAAUUUGAAAGCCCAGAAGUAGCUGAAAGAGCAUGCCGCAUGAUGAAUGGAACCAAACUUGGAGGAAGAGAAAUUGAUGUCCGAAUGGACAGAAAUGCGUAGAUGGGGCUUUCUUUAUAGCCUUUGUUAGACUUUUUUUUUUCCUCACUUUUUUUAUGUAAGAAUCGCUGCUAUAGAGGCAGACAUGUUCCCACUAUGUUUAAUUUUUGUUUUAUUUCCCAGUUUAAAUUUUAUUGUGACCAGUGUGCACAUAUUUUGUAGUUGUAAAAGUAUGUUCAUUUUUGUGAAACUACAGAAAUAAAAAAAUACAUUUUUAAAAAGUUUCUUUAAAUUGUCAAUAUCAUAAAUGACCUGACCAUCAGCAUGUCUCUAGCUUUAUAUUUUGUAUCAUUUAAUCAUAUGCAUGGUUAGGUUUCAAUUAAAAUAUUAAAUUUAUCAU